GGAAAAAGAGACAUUACUCCAGUACAAAAUGUUUUGGGGGAAUUUCCGAAAGAAAAAUAAUCAAUGCAGCCGUACAUUGAGACAAAUAAAGUAUUGUUCUGUUUUUGAAUUUGAGAAGAAGCCUUUGUUUCUCCAUUUGCAGAAUUUCGUAUAUUGGUACAAUCAAUAUGGGACUUUGUAUUUAUGUACCAUAAGGUGGAAUUGGAAUAUAUUCACUAGAAUAAGAAAAUUCUGCAAAAAUUGGAACCCAAAAUGGAAAGCGUCACAAUCAACAAUAAAACAAUUCUCACUCCUCCCUGUCCAAUGGGCUCCGCCAGAAACCACCUUCCCGGAACCGAUCCCACAUAUCCGUUUCGAAACCGUCGUCUUCGUCGUCCCCACCGCUCCCCUCCUCCACCUCAUCGGCGAGCUCCUCCGAGAACGUCGUCCCGGAACUGCGGCGUCCGUUGCUCCCCGCAAGUUCCCCGGCGGUCUGAGAUUCCUCCUCCGGCGUCGCCGCAAUCAUCAUCAUCGUCUUCUUCAUCAGCCGCUUCUUCUUCUUCUUCCGCCACGCCUUCCGGCACAGCCCCGUCGGGACCUUGUAAACCACCAGCACGAGGAAAUGCAUGACGGCGAUGGGGGAGCAGCAGCAGAUCAUCGCGCACGCCGCGGUGCCCCCCGCGCACUCCCUCAUCAUCCGCUGCGUCAACAGUGGCUGCCGCGGGUUCGCGACCGGCGAAUCCAUCGCACGCCGCGCUGUCGUCAUCCCGUCAAAUCCGGCGAGUAUCCGGGAUACGCAUAACCUGGAAUCCCUAGAUUCCGAUCAUAAAAGCGCGAAAUGCGAUUUGGGGAAAUCAAGCAGUGAUCGAGAGGCUGAAAAGACGCGGUUUCAAAGGCACUUAGCGAAGUGAUUUGGUGAUUCCAUAAGCAUAAUCCCAUGGAAGUUGAAACGACCCGUUUCAGAAGUGGGAGGGAAUCGGGAGAGGUAAUAUAGGCGAGG